UUGAUAAGAGGCUCUGAAUAUUGCAAUACCGGCAGUAUGAAUAUUAAAAGAAAGCAUGCCCCAAUGAUAAAGGAGAGUACAAGGCAUUCUUUGCAACUGAAUCACACUUAUGAAGAAAUGCCUUCACAGAAUGCUGAAACACAAUUUGCAUAUAAUAAACACAUUUAUAAGAAAAGAGAUGGUUUU